AUGUCGAAUCACAGCUCGACCCCUCCAAUCUCCGUUCCCCCAUCCUCUUCGCGCCAGCGUCGAGCGUCCAUAGCGUCAGGCCUUUCUUUUCCUGAGUACAAAUCAGGAAACCAGGGCUUGACUGGUCCCUCAACUGGGCCCAUGGCCAACGCUAUGGCUAAUGUUCAAUCAAACCAAAGACGCAGGCUCUCCAUCACAACCCUGGGACUGUCUGGCUCGCCCACUCAGACUUUACAAUUUGGGAAUCGAAACUUCCGGCAAGGGAGCACCUCAAGUUCUGUGGGGUCCAGCCCUGGGAACCCUGAAGAAGCCAUUGUGGAGGAUGAAAACUCACCCCCCGGCGGCAUGCCGACGUCUCCAUUUGCACGCCGCCUCUCAUUUGGUGCACAGGCAUUGAGGGAUGCCCGCGCUGGAAGCAUUGGCAACGGUAGAUACCACCUUUCUCCUCCUGUAUCACCACCUGCGGCUGGGAAGCGCCGGACAGCAUCGUGUGCCGGCGUUUCUAGACCUUCAAUCAACAAUGGCGUUUCGGGAACAUCAUCUGCAAGUACAUAUAAAGGUCUUCCCCAGAACGAUAUAUCUAACAAGUCUUGGCGACCCAUAGGCGAGGGCUUCAACUGGUCUGAAGCUCUUCGAGCAAGGGCCGAACGCGGUCCUAUAUCUCCAAAUUCGGCUCAAGUUCAGCAGGCACAGCAGGCCCAACACCGACGGUCUGCAUCCAUUGCAUCCAUGGAUCAGCCGGCGCGGGAAAUUACCAAGCAACCUAAACAAAGCAACAAGCCUGACUUUUUCCAGGAGAAGAUCCUGCGGGGUGACUUUAUGGAUUAA